UUUCGCAGAAGCCAACUAGUUCGUUUUUUUUUUGGUGAGGCCAUUGCAGCAUGGAUGUUAAUACAACUAUCAAUAACCCAGAAACAACCGACAUUGAUCCCUCUACAAAUACCAGGUCAGUGUUUUUUUGCCCGCAACUACCACACUUUACCUGGGACUUAAAAAAUACAACUUUUCCUUGGAUCUUAGUGGUCGUUAUAUCUAUCGCCUCACCCGUUACUAUCCUCUUGAAUUCAUUAAUAAUCGUUGCAGUCAAGCGAAGGAAAGAUCUGCAAAAACCGGUCAAUAUUCUGUUGUCUAGUCUGGCUGUCGCGGAUCUUCUUGUGGGCGUCAUAUCAAUGCCAUUAACUGCCACAGUUGAAACAUUAAUUCUCCGCCAGGUUUCGUUUCAGCAUGUCUGUACAUUAGAGUCAGCGGUAAACAAACCCUUAACGAUUUUUCUUAGCUUCUCUUCUCUUUAUCAAUUAACUGCGAUUGCUUGGGAGAGGUACAUGGCGAUACAAAAAACCAUGCGCUACAAAGUUAUUGUAACAAAAGGUCUCCUCCAAAAACUCGCGAUAGGCGCCUGGUCUAUAGCCGUGUUUACGCAGGCUCCAGUCUUUGUAAUGGCAGUGGUCCCAGUGGACUCCAAGCUCGUGCAAAUUAGGCACGUCAAUGCAAGUUUUCUGACAUUAGCUUGUUUAAUAGCCAUUUCCUACUUCUACAUCAUGGUGUACCUAGGAGUACGCAAACGUAAAAUAAACGAAAUCAGCCAAGUCGACGCUCUGAUGCAAGCGAAACUCGAAUCUAAAGUCGCCAGGACGACUGGCAUGCUAACUGCUACAUUGAUUUUCUCGUUUUUGCCUUUGAUCGGACUUGGUACCUUGGGAAAAGUUUACCCAGCAUUUGGAACAAAUUCGUCUUUCCGUUUUGCGGAGGCAGUGGGGCUGUUUAACUCCUUAGCAAGUCCUAUCUUGGGUGACGAACGCAGCCUUUUUAUAAUGCGUAGUGCUGUGACAACAAUGAUCAGCACCGAAACAAUGUUGAAGAAGUUCGAUAAAAUAGUGACGUACACUAAAAUAGGAUCUCUAGCUUUUUUCAUCCUCGGAAUAACGUCACAUCCGUGGAAUCGUUGGCGAGCUGAUUUGAAGAUUAUGGGAGAGGUUAAAACCAGAGCUCCAAUCCAUGAAAGAACUAUGACUUUGGGGAUAUUGUUUCUGUCCAUGCGUCGCUUGAAUGGACGUAAAACGCAAUCCUGUCGAUCGAUCGCCAUUAACGACAAGGUCACAGCAUUGAGUAUGUUACAGGCAAAUCCGCUUGGCACAAGAACAGAACAAGCAGGAUCAACAGACACCGGAAUAUCCAAGAGACGAAUCACUGUCAAGGCUAAACGAGAAGGCAAAUUCAGCAGAGAAUUGAAAAUUCCAUUCACAGCAAGACUGCUGAACAAAUAG